UUCUUAAACAAAACAAAACAAAACAUCAUCACAAACGUAAAAGCCAACCAAACAUGUACUUAUGAUUGUGCGGUGGAGGAGAUAGAUACACAAACUUGGUUCAAACUUCAGAUAGAAAGAACAUGACGGUGAUGGAAAACAAAAAACAACAACAAGAAGAAUGUAACAAGGGACAGUUGAAAAACUGUCAAAGGAAAAAAACCUCUUCUUCUUCGUGUUAUUCUCGUAUCAAUAAUCUCGAUGAUGGUUGUCUUAUGCAUAUCUUUAGUUUCCUUCCUCCUAUUCCAGAUCGCUUUAAUACCGCCCUCGUUUGCCACAGAUGGAAUUACUUGGCAUGUCAUCCUCGCCUCUGGCUUCGGGUAGAUCGAUCGGUUAAAGACUUAUCUGAACCCGGUGUUUUCCCCAACAUUGAAUCUGCUGUUUCUGCUUCAAGGCCAGGUGAUACCAUAUUAAUAGCGGCUGGUGGAACUCAUCGCAUCUCAAACAUUCAAAUAAAAAAACCACUAUGCUUGAUUGGUGCAGGUGAAAUUCCAGAUGACACGAUGCUCACUUGUGCGCGAGGCUCAGACAGUGCACUCGAGUUCCUUUCCACCUGCAAAUUAGCAAACUUAACCGUCAAAGCUGAGCUCGGCUGCUGCUUGCUACAUCGAAGUGGAAGACUAACAAUAGACGGAUGCGUACUACAAUGCGAGUCCAAUCCUCUGGAUUUUCUCUCAUGUCCCAUUGUGAGUACUGCCAAUAGCAGUGAAGUGGUUCCCUCGCACAUCAAGAGCAACAGUGGCAACGGGGUGUUUGUUUCUCAAACACGCAUCGAAGGAGGUGCAAAAGCCGUUUUGACAAGCGGUGAUCUGGUGUUGCAACGAGUCAGAGUGGUUUAUGCAAGAACUUCCCUUCUUUUCUGGUUUGAUGUAGUGCAGAUGUAAUCAAAUUAGUCAUUAUUGGUCUUUGUGUUAUUUAUUGUGUAAUUUAGUUUAGUGGAGUGAUGAUUCUUUUUCUGGUGCUUUUCUGCUCCUUGUUGUGUACUAUUCUCAUAUGUAAUGUAACCUAAAUAAUUAGUUUACCAUUAUCUUUGUGAUGUGUAAUUUAACUUUAACGUGAUAACAA